AUGGCGAAACCAAAGUUUUCUUACUAUGACUACGUCUGCCUCAUUUCUUUUAUUGUUUGGUUCAUCGCUCAGCUUGGGACAUGUGAUGGCGUAGUCCCACUUUUGGGGGGCAAGAAGUUGAUAAUUGGUGUGCCUAAGAAACCUGGUUUCACUCAAUUUGUAGAUGUACAAGUGAAUCCAAGUGAUAAACAGUUGGUGAAGGUUACUGGCUUCUCCAUCGAGGUUUUCAAUGCUACGACAACUCACCUUCAGAACAUAGGUUUCAAUGUUUCUGUUGAAUUUAGAGCUUUCGUAAACGACAUUGGAGGCAGCGCAGGAACCUACGACACACUCCUUCAAAAUAUUCCUGGACAGUAUGAUGCUGUGGUGGGAGAUGUAACGAUUGUGGCAAAUCGAUCAAAUUAUGUAGACCUUACACUACCAUACGCAGAGUCAGGUGUAAAAAUGCUUGUAAAAGUUCGACAAGAACAGAACUGGAACAAGCACAUGUGGAAUUUCGUACGACCUUUCAGUUGGGAUCUUUGGCUGUCGAUCGUCAUGUUCAGUAUUUUUAUAGGAUGUACUUUACGGUUCAUGGAACGUCAUGUCCAUAAUGAGAAUGCAGGACCCGGCAAUCCACCACCACCAAGAGAACAACUAAAUAAAGCUGUAUCAUUCUUGUGGCUCCCUUUAACACAAGCAGUUCUUCCUGAAAGAGAAUCAUUAGUGAAGAAUUGUUCGAGGUUUGUGUUGGUGUUGUGGUUGAUAUUAGCGGGUAUCCUCAUGCAAAGCUACACAGCAAGCUUGUCAUCAAUACUGACAGUAGAUCAAUUACAACCUGAUUACAUCGGUCUUAAUGAUGUCAUGAGAGAUCCUCAAAUUAACGUUGGAUACCAACGUGACUCAUUUGUCAGAGAUUUGCUAGUGGAUCGCUUGAAGCUUGAUGAAUCAAGACUAAAGUCUUUCCGCACCAUCGAAGAAUACAAAGAUGCCUUGGACAAAGGAAGCAGAAAUGGCGGUGUUGAUGCUAUUUUUGAUGAAGCUCCCUAUAUUAAGGUCUUCCUCAAGGAAUGUGGUCCCAGUUAUGCCAUGUCCGGACUUAGUUACCACACCGGCGGUUUUGGUUUCGCGUUCCCAAAAAACUCGAGCAUAACCUCGUAUUUUUCAAGAGCCAUAUUAAAUGUCACUGAAAGUGACGCAAUGGAGCAGAUUGAACGAAAAUAUUUUGGAAGUAGAGAUGACGAUGAAGUCGUAGAACAAAAUAAGGGGUCGUCGUCUGAGAAUACCAGCACUAGUCUCACCACGUAUAGUUUUGGAGGUUUAUUCAUUGUGAUUGGAGGCCUAACAUUUUUGGCUUUGGUAGUUUCAGAAAGUGGUAUUUGGAGAAAACCGAUGAUGUUGGCAAAAACUUAUAGCAAAACAUUGGUGGUUCGAUAUUCUAAGAAAGCAAGUCAAUUAAGGAAGGGUUCUACAAUCACAAGAGACUUUAACUCAUCAAUGAACAAAGAUAAUAAAUCAAAUAACCAACAAACAAUUGAGGUAUAUGACGUGGAAGACGUGCACUAG